AUGUCUAACAGAAAUUUCGACCAAACCUCGCUUCCCUCGUCUUUCGACUCGGACGAAAAAUUCAUCAACGAAAAUGCCUGGCAAAAGGUUUCCCGCAAGCUCAAAGAGGAGCCCCUAAUCCCCUCGCGAGCUAACGACAAAUGUCACCCCGUUUCCUUCUUCUCCGUUUUAGGCACCGCCGUCACCUGCUGGGCUCUUUGGAGCUCCUUCCGUGCCGUCCGCCGCGGCGACUCCGCCGGCGCCCAGCGCAUGUUCCGCGCCCGUGUCCUCGCCCAGGGCUUCACCGUCAUGGCCAUCUGCGCCGGUGGCAUGUACUACAACAAGGACCGCGCCAAGUCCAAGGAACUCCGAAAGGUCCAGGAGGCGCAGGAUAGCGAGGAGAAGCGCGCCCGCUGGAUCCGCGAGCUCGAGGCCCGAGACGAAGAAGACAAGGCCAUGCGCCGGAGGCUGGAGAAGAAGCGCGACGCCCUUGCUGCCGCCGCUGCUGCUGCCGACCCUGCCGCUGACCAGACAGCGGUUAAUGCGCCGAAGAAGGAGGGUGGUGUGCUUUCCGCACUGGGUGGCAUGUGGGGUGGAAAUAAGAAGCAGGGAGAAGAGGCCGCCGCCGCGCCAGUGCCUGAUCCCGAGGUGGUUGAGACGGAUAGCACGGGCAAGAGGAAGAAGAACCCCAGGAGCUCUCUCGACUCUCUGGGUGAGAUAAUCGGCAGCAAGAAGUCUCCUGAAGACAUCAACCCCGAGAAGAAGUAA